AUGACGCUGUUGACGCGUUGCUAUGGUGACGUGCCGCUCGCGUUCAUGCGACUCCUGGCCGUCCAGCAGAAGACCAUCCUCCUCCUCAUCCUCCUCCUCAUCCUCAUCUUCAUCUUCAUCAGAGUGAUGGAUCAGUAUGAGGUGCUCCGGCAGGUCGGUCAGGGCUCGUUCGGGCGCGCGCUGCUGGUCAAACACCGGCGUGGGGGCGCGCAGCUCUACGUCAUCAAAGAGAUCAACCUGAGACAGCAGUUGUCCUCUCGGGAUAAGGACGCCUCCAGAAAGGAAGUGACUCUGCUGUCCAAAAUGAAACAUCCCAACAUUGUGGCGUUUUAUAAAUCAUUUCACGACAGGAAUAACCUCUGCAUCCUGAUGGAAUACUGCGACGCCGGUGAUCUGAUGCACAGAAUCAGGACACAGAGAGGAAAACCCUUCACAGAGCAGCAGAUUGUGGACUGGUUUGUUCAGAUCUGUCUGGGACUGAAGCACAUUCAUGACAGAAAGAUCCUACACAGAGACAUCAAAGCUCAGAACAUCUUCCUCUCUCACGGAGGCCUGAAGGUCAAGCUGGGAGACUUUGGCAUCGCCAGGAUGCUGAACAGCACCAUGGAACUCGCCAGAACCUGCGUCGGGACGCCGUACUAUCUGUCUCCAGAGAUCUGUGAGAACCGACCGUACAACAACAAAACGGAUAUCUGGUCUCUGGGCUGCGUUCUGUAUGAGCUCUGCACUCUCAGACAUCCAUUUGAGGGCAGUAAUCUGAAGCAGCUGGUGCUGAGGAUCUGUAGGGGGCGCUAUACUCCAGUGUCUCAGCGCUACAGCUCUGAUCUGCAGCUGCUGCUCCAGCAGCUGUUCAAGGUCAGUCCACGAGACCGUCCGUCUGUGAACUCACUGCUCAAACGCCCGAUACUGCAGCAGCACAUCAGCAAACACCUGGACACACAGCUGCUGGAGGAAGAGUUCAGUCACACGGUCCUCCACAGACACACGCCAGCAGCUCCGAAAGCCACGCACAACACAGAUCAUGUUUCCAGAGAUCCAGCCUCAUGUAAACCGGUCCUCAGACCUGCUAUUAAACCGGCUCAGAGACCCGAUCAGAGUCGAGCAGCAGCGAAAGCCCCGCACAUAAAGCCUGAUGUUCCGGCUGCGGUUGGUCACGAGCGGCGGUGUAUCGGUCCGGAUCCGGAUCAUGACGAACACAGACCCGCUGCUCUGGAGCCGUACAGACUUGUGGCAGCGGCGAGAGAUGAGUAUCUUCAGAGGAGACGUGAAGCCCAUCAGUACAAACUCAGAGCUCAGAAACAACUGGGUCUCAGACCGUCCACAGCAGACUCUGACGGCCGUCAGUCAAACCCACUGGUGCAUCAUGGGAAUGUGAGAGCGGCUCAGGGCAGGAGAAUACAGGGACAGGAGGAGUACCUCAAGCAGCUGCAGCGAAUCAGAGAGCAGUAUCAUCAUGAUGUCAGACGGAUGAAGAUGAGGGCGGAGCUUGAGGAGCGUCUGAAGGCAGAAACACACGCGAUGAAGAAGAGCAGAGAGCGACACACACACGGGAAACAGCAGCAGAGAGGAAUCAUGUUUGAGAUCAAGCUCAGCGAUGAAGAGACGCCGCAGCACACAGAGAUGAAGACUGAGGAAGACGAGGAGUCAGAGGACGAGCCCCUGAACAACACACUGACGUUUGCACAAGGAGAAAACCUUCGCAACCGCCCGCAGGGGUCAGAGGUCAGACAGGAAGCGGAGGAGGAAGUGGUGAAGAGAGCCGAGUGGCAUCGAGACGCAGCGGAGACGUUACUGAACGCUCUGGAGAACAUGGAUGUGAUGACGGAGAGCAGCAUCAGUCUCGCUCAGACCGUUUCAGAGGAGCAGGAGGGAAUCAGGAAGCUCUGGACCAAUCACCUGCCGGAGACGCUUCUGAACGCUCUCGCUCAGGCAAACAUCAUGGACUGCAGCACAGAGACGCUGAUGUCAGAGGAGAAGCAUCUCAGCGAGGAAGAGUGUGAUGAAGAUGAUGAUGAAGAUGUGGAGGUGGAUGAGGAGCGUCUGGAGACUCACUCAGAUGAUGAAGACACGAACUUUGAGGAGUCUGAGGACGAGCUGCGGGAGGAGCUGAGCGACUCCAUGAGGAACCUCCUCACCUCACAGGAGCUUCAGGAGGAGGAGCAGACGGCACCGCAAACACAGGAGGAAGUCCACAUCAGCCCAGAGGAAGUGUGUGAGGAGUCUGAGAGAAACACUGCAGUCGACUGAUCCUGCUUUAUGCUUUUCAUUCCCUUCAUUUCAUUAUUUCUGUGAUGCAGCUGUAUUUUCAGCAUCAUUACUCCAGUCUUCAGUGUCACAUGAUCUUCAGAAAUCAUAAUAAUAUGCUGAUUUGCUGCUCGACAAACAUUUCUGAUUAUUAUCAAUGUUGAAAACAGUUGUGCUGCACAAUAUUUUUGUGGAAAAUGUGAUGCAUUUUAUUUUUCAGGAUUCACAGAUGAAUAGAAAUUUAUUUGAAAUAGAAAUCUUUUAGAACAUUUUAAAUGUCUUUACUGUCACUUUUGGUCAAUUUAAUGCAUUCUUGAAUAAAAGUAUUCUUUUUUUUUUCUUCUUUUUUUAAUUUAUCAAGCUUAAAAUUCAGCUUUACAUCAGGGAAUAAAUUAUAAUAGAAAAUUAUUUUAUGUAAUAAUAUUUUACAAUAAAUGCAGUCUCUGUCAGAAGAAGAGAUUUCUUAACGGAGUUUUUUGACCCAUUUGGUCAUUUGUGUUAAAUGUGCUCUAUACAAAU